AUGGCACCUACCGCCACUGCUCCAGCGGCGCCUGCGCCCGCGCCCGCGGGCAAGAAGAUUGCGGCGCCGCAGCACCCGCUCGACCCGCCCUCGCAGGCCGAGAUUGCGCUCGCCGCCGACACGAUGCGCCCCUGGCUGCUCAAGACGGGCAUCAAGGCCUUCAAGUUCGUCAACAUCUACCUGCAGGAGCCCAGCAAGGCCAGCGUCAUUGCUGCCGGCUUCUUCCCCGCCGGCGCCACGGCCGACAGCGCCGCCGUCUCGGCCGCCGCCGCGCCGAUUGAGCGCCUGGUGAACGUGCACAUCAUCGACGCCAUCACGGGCGAGGGCUACGAGUCCGUCGUGCGCCUCGACGCCGCCAGCGACAAGGCCGAGAUCCGCAGCGUGGAGAAGCUGCCCGAGGGCGUGCAGCCGGCGCUGACGAUCGAGGAGCUCUGCAUGGCCGAGGAGGCGAUCCGCAAGGACCCGCGCGUCAUCAAGGCCGCGGCCGACGUGGGCAUCACGCCGGAGCAGCUGUACGCCGACGGCUGGAGCAUCGGCUGGGACCAGCGCUUCCCGGGCAAGCGUAUCCAGCAGUGCCUCACCUUUGCGCGCUUCAACAAGGACGAGAACCUGUAUGCGCACCCGCUCGACUUUGCGCCCAUCAUCGACAACAACACGGGCGAGGUGCUGGCGAUUGACUUUCCGCCGCACCGCAAGAACGGCAAGCUGCCCGGCUCCACGGCGCCGCCCACGGCGGGCUUCGAGUGCUCGGAGCGCGCGCGCAUUCCGCCGCCGCUCGAGAAGCACGACUACCUGCCCGAGCUCGCCAACGCCGGCCCGUUCAACAAGGACGAGAAGAUCACGAUGCGCACUGACAUCAAGCCGCUGCACGUCGAGCAGCCGGAGGGCGUGAGCUUCAAGCGCACGGGUACGGGUCUUAUCGAGUGGCAGAAGUGGAAGAUGCACAUCGGCUUCCACCCGCGCGAGGGCCUCGUCCUCUCCACCAUCUCGUACAACGACACCGAGGCGCCCGGCGCCUCUGCUGCCGCGCCCAAGGAGCGCCCGCUCUUCUACCGCAUCUCUCUUGCCGAGAUGGUCGUGCCGUACGCCGAGCCGGGCUACCCGCACUACAAGAAGUUCGCCUUCGAUGUGGGAGAGUAUGGCCUCGGCUACCUCUCCAACUCGCUCUCGCUGGGCUGCGACUGCCUCGGCAGCAUCGAGUACAUGGACGGCAUUGUGGCGCGCCACGACGGCACGGCCGAGGUGAUCCCCAACGCCAUCUGCCUGCACGAGGAGGACGCGGGCCUGCUGUGGAAGCACACGGACUACCGCGUCGGUGGCCGCGCCCACAACGUGCGUGGCCGCAAGUUCGUCAUCAGCAUGGUCUGCACCGUGGCAAACUACGAGUACGGCAUCUACUUCUCCUUCCACCAGGACGGCAACAUCGAGCUCGAGAUCAAGCUCUCGGGCAUCCUGAACCUCUACAUGCUCGACCAGGGCGAGACGCCCGCCGGACACGGCACCGAGGUGGCGCCGCGCAUCAACGCCCACUACCACCAGCACCUCUUCUCGCUGCGCGUCGACCCGCACAUCGACGGCCCGCUCAACUCCAUCAUGGAGACGAAGAUCGAGCCGAGCCCGUACGCGGCGGGCAGCGAGGAGAACUACGCGGGCAAUGCGUUCACGGCGCCGACGCGCAUCCUGGCGACGGCCGGCGAGGGCGUGCGCGACGCAUGCGCCGACGAGGAGCGCAGCUGGACGUUUGUCAACGAGAACCUCAAGCACUACUCGUCGGGCAAGCCGAUCGGCUACAAGAUCGUGUGCGACAAGCAGCCGCGCCUGCACGCCAAGCCGGACAGCUUCACGGGCCUGCGCGCGCCCUUUGCGCAGCACCACAUCUGGACGGUGCCGUACAACGACGCGCACCGCUACCCCGCCGGCCUGCACGUGCCGCAGACGCUCAAGGCGCCCGAGGACAGCAUCGUCAACUGGGUCGGCGACGGCAAGGCCAGCAUCCAGAACAAGGACAUCGUCUCGUACAUCACGCUCGGCACGACGCACAUCCCGCGGCCCGAGGAUUUCCCUAUAAUGCCCGCUGAAACGGUCCGUUUGCACCUCAAGCCCAUCGGUUUCUUCGCGAGAAACCCGGCGCUCGACGUCCCGGCGACGGCGGACAAGAAGAGCGUGCCCGCGCAGGCCGGCACGAGCUCCGGCGCGGCCUGCUGCGCCUGACCGCAGCCCUCUCUUCUCAUGCGACGGUGCGGACCGGCUGUAGCUUUCUCUCCUGUCACGACCUUCUCGACUCGACUCUGUCUCUCGCUCUCGGUAUCUUACGCGCGUCUCAAUCUGAUCGAUCUGCGACUGCCGCGCGUGGCGAAGCCGCUGUGCGAUGUGCCGCGGCCAGAGCUACCUCGAAAAGGGCUCGUCCUCUCCAGGCGACGUGCUGUUGUCCAUUGCCUGUUGAUCUGCCUCGCAUAACAAGCGGGAAAGAGAAGAGACGCCGCACUUGUGGCCAUCGGCGCUUGGGUUGAGG